UCUUUCUCUAAUUUUCUCCUUUUUUCAUAUUGAGCCCACAACUUUCGGUAUCUUCCAAGAAAGGGGGGAAUUGAAAAAUAUUAUUACAAUUUUAAACAACCUAGUUCUUUGGAAGAAUUGUUUUAUAUUAUAUUUUUCAAGAAAAAAGCCUCCUCUUUUCAUCGUGUUCAAGCUGGGAGGCUUUCUUCUUGAAAUUCACAAUUAAUUUUUGUUGGGUUCUUCAGAUUUGGUCGUUUUGUGAUCUGGGCAACAUUUAUUUUUCAAGAUUCGGUUUCAAGAUUGAAUUUUUAUUACCACAUACAUACGGGCGAAUCUGAUUAUUGAAUCUGUGUGCCCUAUUUUCUUGAACAAUAGAUUUUGCCCUUUUUGAUUUGAAAUUUGAAUCCUCCUGAGAAUCAAUGGCUGUUGUUUUCUAAUAGGGAAGGCGGUUGGAUUGUAGUCCAAAUCUAGACCUAUAUUUGAUGAAUCUUGAUUUUACAGAAGAGGAUUGGCUUGUGAACAUAGAGUUUGUUCUCAGGCCAUUUGUUCCGCCUAUUGAGCAGAUAUUUUUCCCAAUAGAUAGAUGGGAUAAGCAGUUCUACCAAUUACAGGCUGGAUAAUUUAGUUUCUUUUGCAUUUUCGAAAUUAGGGUUUUGUUUUUUGGGCAGUUAAUUUGGAGAAUUGAAGGAUUAGAGAACAUGGGUUCUUCAUCAAAUGUGGCAGGGUUUGCAGAUGGAUCUUCUGCUCAUACAGAAUUCAAAUAUAUUGACAGAGUUCCUAUCUUUGUUAAGGAGUUGAUCGCCGGUGGUGCCGCCGGUGCAUUUGCUAAAACCGCAGUUGCUCCGUUGGAACGAACUAAAAUACUACUGCAGACUAGAACACAAGGCUUUCAUUCGCUAGGGGUUUACGACUCGCUGAAGAAGCUAGUGAAGCAUGAAGGUGUAGCAGGAUUUUACAAAGGAAACGGAGCUAGCGUAAUUCGCAUAGUUCCUUAUGCAGCAAUACAUUUCAUGACAUACGAGCAGUACCGUUUAUGGAUUUUGGAUAACCACCCUGGUUUAGGAACGGGGCCCGUUGUCGAUCUUUUAGCUGGUUCUGUUGCAGGUGGGACCGCAGUUUUAUGCACUUAUCCACUAGAUUUGGCUCGCACUAAACUCGCUUACCAGAUUGUAGACACGAGAGAAAGUGUGCAGAACCGAGCGAGACAAUUCAAUGCGAAUCAUGCUUAUAGUGGAAUUAGAAAUGUAAUGGAAAGAGUUUACAGAGAUGGAGGAGUUCGUGCACUUUAUCGAGGCAUAGGUCCCACAAUGAUUGGUAUUUUACCGUACGCUGGCCUGAAAUUCUACGUUUACGAGGAGCUGAAAAGGAAUGUUCCGGAAGAACACCAGAAUUCGAUUUUAAUGCGAUUAUCUUGUGGAGCUUUGGCCGGUUUAUUUGGUCAGACUUUUACUUAUCCGUUAGAUGUUGUUAGGAGACAAAUGCAGGUUGAGCAUUUGCAACAUUCAUCACAAGGUGGCGUAAUAUACAGAAGCACGUCGGAGGGUCUCGUUUCUAUUGUUAGCAAUCAAGGUUGGAGACAAUUGUUUGCUGGCCUAAGCAUCAAUUAUAUCAAGAUCGUACCUUCGGUUGCAAUUGGAUUUACGGCUUACGACAUGAUAAAGGCAUGGCUUAACAUACCUCCUCGCCAAAAAUCGAAAGCAAAUUCUGCUGCCUAAAUUUGCUGCUUUUUGCUUCUUUCGUGUUACUGUGGUGGUAGUUACUCCUUUUAUGUGACAGUUAUAAAUGACGAUCUCGAAUGAACUUUAAUCGCACAUGUAUCGAACUCAAGUUACAUAUUUGUAAUAUUUUUUUUAUCAAAUCAGAACCUCACAACUGAUACAAAUCAAUGAGAUCAAUUGUUC